ACCUCCGCCUCCCACCUUCAGAACCAGCUUGACACGAAUAACGACCACAACAGAAACCUCUUCUCACAAGUCACAAAGCAACUAGAAGAAGAAGAAUUUUCUCUUAUCCCGUCUCUCUCUCUCUCUCUUGCUCUCUCUGAUCUCUAUUUCGAUCACUGUAGCUUUCUCUAUUGUUUCUGCGGUUUCUUGAAUUUUUGCAGAGAAUGGCGUUGAGUAUCACACACCAGAUCGGUGCCCUGUCGGGGACGCCGAUACCAGUGGAAUCCGGGAAUGGGCCAUCCGAUCAGACAGCGGUAGUGAGUGCAUCGGCUGUCUGGAAGACACCGGCGCAGCCAACAAAUCUACGGUGCAGAAUUCAGAAACAGGGGCCCGAGAAGGACGCACUAUCCCCACCAUUAAGUCCCUGUCUGUCGCCGGUGUUCGGAGGAGGGAUUGGGGCGGGCAUGUCCGUGGCGUGUCAGGCGUUCGCGGCGGACGUGACGGAGACGGCGAUGGAGGAGGAGGAGAUAGGAGUAGGGAGGGAAGUGAGGGAGUACAGAGAGGGAGGGGCGGGUAGUGCGCAGGUUAGGGGGAAAGGGGUGCCGGUUUACGUGAUGAUGCCGUUGGACAGUGUGACGAUGUCGAAUGGGGUGAACAGGAGGAAGGCGAUGAAUGUGAGCAUGAUGGCGCUAAAGAGCGCCGGGGUGGAAGGGGUGAUGAUGGAUGUCUGGUGGGGGUUGGUCGAGAGGGACGCGCCCGGCGCGUACAACUGGGGUGGCUACACCGAACUCCUGGAGAUGGCUCGGAAACACGGCCUCAAGGUUCAGGCCGUUAUGUCUUUCCAUCAGUGCGGUGGCAACGUUGGUGACUCCUGCACAAUUCCUUUGCCUAGGUGGGUAGUGGAGGAGAUAAACAAGGAUCCAGAUCUCGCAUACACGGAUCAAUGGGGAAGGCGGAAUUACGAAUACGUCUCCCUCGGCUGCGACAACCUUCCGGUGCUCAAGGGCCGAACGCCCGUUCAGUGCUAUGCCGACUUAAUGCGUGCUUUCAGGGAUAACUUCAAGCACCUUCUUGGUGACACCGUCGUGGAAAUCCAAGUAGGAAUGGGUCCGGCAGGGGAGCUCCGCUACCCAUCAUAUCCAGAGCAGAAUGGGACAUGGAGAUUCCCAGGAAUUGGAGCGUUCCAGUGCUUUGACAAGUACAUGAUCAGUAGCUUAAAAGCUGCUGCCGAAGCUGUUGGGAAGCCCGAAUGGGGGCACGGUGGCCCUACAGAUGCUGGCCACUACAACAGCUGGCCGGAGGGCACCCAGUUCUUCCGCAAAGAAGGCGGCGGUUGGAACAGUCCCUACGGUGAAUUCUUCCUCACUUGGUACUCUCAAAUGCUCCUAGACCACGGGGAGGCGAUACUCUCGUCAGCUAAAUCCAUCUUCCASGGCACCGGCGUCAAGAUUUCAGCGAAGGUUGCAGGCAUCCAUUGGCACUAUGGGACCCGUUCUCAUGCCGCGGAGCUCACAGCAGGGUACUAUAACACCAGGUUCCGAGAUGGGUACCUCCCCAUUGCGCGCAUGCUGGCACGCCAUGGCACCAUCUUCAAUUUCACCUGCAUUGAGAUGCGGGACUAUGAGCAGCCCCAGGACGCACAGUGUGCACCAGAGAAGCUCGUCCGGCAGGUGGUUCUGGCAACAAGAGAGGCUGGGGUUCCACUUGCAGGGGAGAAUGCAUUGCCACGGUAUGACGAGAUGGCACACCUGCAGAUUCUGCAUGCAGCCUCGUUGAAUCUGAACGAUGGCAAGGACGACGGAAGAGAGAUGUGUGCUUUCACGUAUCUGCGAAUGAACCCCAACCUGUUCCAGGCCGAUAACUGGAGAAAAUUUGUGGCAUUUGUGAAGAAGAUGAACGAAGGGAAGAGUGGAAACCGAUGUUGGGAGCAGGUGGAAAGGGAGGCCGAGCACUUUGUGACUGCAACUCACCCAUUGGUGCAGGAGGCAGCUGUUGCUCUCAGUCAUUAAGUUGUAGGCUUUGUCUUAAUGGGUAUAAACACAUAAGUAAUGAUAUUGAGACGUUUAUAGAAUUACAGUGAGAGAGAGAGAGUCCCCUCUUCCCUUUCAAGUCCUGUAUUAUUUAUGUUGUGGUCUUGAAAUGAGCAGUGUAACUGUAAGAUUGGGAAUUCUGGGGUCUGUUGUAAAAACAUAGUACAGAGGUAUUUUUUCUCUGGAGCUCAUCAUCCAGACAAAUCAUCCAUGGAGAUCUAUUUGCAGUAGAAGCAAUGGAUAUCUUAUGCGUCUCAAUGUAUAUUAUGAAAUAAAGCACAUAAGGAGGGAGAUAUUCCUCCCAAAGCAUGGCUGUAAAGGCUGCUCUAAUGGGCUUUGCCCUGACUGAAGCCGAACUCUUAAUUAUGGUCGUUGUAGGCUUUUUGCAAGAAAUCUUCUACGAGUGGGUUUGUUUUCUUAUCUGUGAA